GCGCUGAGAUGGAUGACGCCUUCGCGGCAAACGUGGCGCGUUUAGCCGCGCAUGGUGUGGAUGAGGUCGUGGCCCAAGCAGUUCUAAAGCGAUUCGACGGCGACGGAGAUGCUGCACUGGACUUCCUGCUGGACACAGAUGAAGGUUGGCAAUUCGCUGCCGAGACAUUGCUGCCCAAGGAAGUUGUGGAAGAGCUAGCAGCUCAGCCGAGCGAUGUACGUUCAAAGUUACAGAAGGCAUGUGCAACUGGAUUUGCUCGAGACAACUCCGCCUUGCACCUAGUC